UCCCAUGGAGUCGAAGAAGCCCUCCACUCCUGUGCCAGGCUGUGUUUGUUAGGGCAAUGGUCAAGCUAUUAAGGGCGACUGGCCCCUUGUUACGUUCCUUCACUCGCUUACUCGCUCAUCACUUUCACAACCAAUAAAUAAAUAAUUUUUAGAUCUUUGUAGAUGUGCAUGCACCACCAUAAUGUGUGACACACAUAUAUAUUAUGUAUGCAUGUUGAUUAUGGGAUGAUGAGGGGUUUGAAAGCAGAGCCAUUCGUGUGGGGGUCACUUACAAAUAAGACCCACGUUUCUCUUUCAUAUCUUUAGUCCCUCUUUUUCUCUUCUCUUCUUCCCUUACUAAAACCCAACCCUUCACUCCUCUCAUUUUCACUCCGCUCCUACUAUAUAUGCACACACACACCCCUCCCUCCAAGUUACUUCUCCUUACAUUACAUCACUCAACACCCAAUCAAACCUUCACCAAACAUACUCAUUCAUUCACUCACUCACUCACACACACACACACACACAACCACUGUCCUUUCAACCACGCAAUGGCUGAGCUACCUAGCUCAGAAGCAUCGUCAUCUGCUUUCACCCGCAAGCACUCGUCUCCGGAGGCCCAUUUGCCAGGACCCAAUCGCAAAAGGCCCAAGCAGGCCCGCGAUAGCAGCAGCAAGCACCCCGUCUACAGAGGGGUCCGAAUGCGGGCAUGGGGGAAGUGGGUAUCCGAAAUCCGCGAGCCAAGGAAGAAGAACCGGAUCUGGCUCGGCACCUUCGCCACCGCUGAGAUGGCUGCGCGUGCGCACGACGUUGCUGCGCUCGCCAUCAAAGGCAACUCCGCCAUUCUCAACUUCCCCGAGCUCGCCGGCUCCCUGCCACGGCCCGACUCCAACUCGCCGCGGGACGUGCAAGCGGCGGCAGCGAAGGCCGCCGCCAUGGAGGUAAUGGAUCCCCCGACGACCCCGUCGUGGACGCUGUCGCAGUCAUCAUCGUCGUCUUCGUUGGCGGUUAGUUCGUCCUCGGGCGAGACGUCGACGGCGGAUGAACUCGGGGAGAUAGUGGAACUGCCGAGUCUGCGGAGGAGUUUGGAAAUACCGGAGCGGAGUGAAGAGGUGGUGUUCGUGGAGCCGGUGGACGGGUGGCUGUAUUCUGAGGCGUGGUGUGACGGCAUUUAUGAUGAGAGGGGGUGUGGGGGUUAUUUUAUUGGAGAUGAGAUUUCAAUGCAGGAGUCAGAGAGCAUGAUUCUUUGUGGCUUUGAGGGUUCCUUGUGGCAGCAUUAAUGUGUGUGCACUGCUUUCCUUUUUUUGUCCCAUUCAUUUCAUUUGACUUUGAAUGUGUGAGCCCUUUCCCAAUUUUUCACUUUAAGGGCUACACACAUUUCUUGUCUCUCAACAAGAAUGAUGAUGGACCUACUAUUUCUACUGCCACCACUCCUUUCACUCUCUUCCACAGCUCCCACCUACCUCUCCAAUUUCAUCAAUCUUCUUCAACUUCUUCUGUUCUGUCCAUCAUGUAAUACUGCUACUACUCAUAAUAAUAAUAAUAAUAAUAUUAUUAUUAUUAUUAAUAAUGCAAAUGAAAUCCGAUAUACCUGUAGAAAUGGUGCCAGAUCUUGUAUCAUAUAAUUAUUGUUGUAUUUUUGUUCUACUUUUCAUUGACAGGACCAAUAAAAGUAAAAGCAGAUUCUCUU